UGUUGGCAACGCCGAUGAAUGGAAAGCACGUCAACAUGGCGGCCUCAGUUUGUUGACAUGUACAGUGCAGACUUAUUGUUUACAUUUAUCGUUAAAAAUACCUCCCAGGAUUUAACACAACAGGAUUCAUCCGAUUACUUUGUAUGAUGAAAACCGUUAUGUCUGUGAGGGCUAACUCUUUUUGUUGAAAAUGUUGUCCCGAGGAAGAAAGUUUGGAAAUGAUACCAUUGAUGUGGCCAACAAAGGUUGCUGGGAGCCAUACGACACUUUGGCAUGUUUGCGUACAGGCCUUCUUACAACUGCAUCAACCAUUACUCUUAUAUUCAUAAUAUUUAAAAUAAUAAAGUAUCAUGUUUAUCGUAAUACGAGAAUGCAUCAUUAUGCAAUAUUUUACGCUUCUGCCAUUCAAUGUAUCGUUUGCACAACAAGUUUCAUGGUGGGAAACCGAUACCCACAAGUUGAAUUGGCUGCUUGCUUCUUGAAACUAGCCAUCUUUGCAUUGGUCUGUCAUCUUCAUUGGUCUCUUGCUGCAAGGUCUCUUGGACGGCCAGACAUAAUGCAACAUGUGGCAAAUCCAGUUUUGUGUUUGUAUCUCCUUUACUGUGUUGCUGUUGCUCUUAUGGGAAUGGUAGACGUGGUUGGUUCAUGGAUUGAGUGUCAACGUCCAUACUGGCUGAUGUUAUCAGUCGCAGACUUUCUUUCAGUACAACUAUUUUCAAUUGCAGCUUUAUACAUCCUCCAUAGAUCAGGUGGUGUGCAAAGAGCUCAGUUUAGAGAUCUUUGGAGCAUAAUACUUGUUUAUCAGGUCUCAGCUGUUUUAUCUCUCACCUUUGACAUUGUUAUGAAAUUGGUUGGUUCCACAGACUCUGGUUGUAGUGGUGUGUUUGGGCAUACCCAACUAUUUUAUUCCAUCACAAUUUCUAUCUUUGGAUUAGCAAAGUUCCUUGUACCCUUAUGGACUUUGCUUUGUGUCUUGCAACCAUUUGAAGAUCGUUCAAGAGCUUCAGAAGUUGCGCUCGCUACAAGCUACAAUGUGCAGGAUGGCACCUCACCACCAGUUUAUCCAGCAAUGGGAAACUUCCUCCAAUACGAGCAAAUGAGGCUUCCAAAUCCUCUGGGCCAUGCUGUACCUUUUCAUGGCCGUGCACAUCAGGUGGGCUUUAUUGACAUGGAAUUUCCUGACACUGACUCAUCAGUGAAUUCAUCACCUACAAAUUCACCAGCACAACUAAAGCUUUCUGGCAGCAGUUCUCCUGUUCAGCAUAAACUUCCAUCUUUUAGUUCCCCUUCUAAUGUUGUGCCUGCAUUUGGCUUGUCGACUAUUAGUGAAGAGAGUGGUGGUGUUGAAGUAACACCAUCUCCUUCAUUACGCAGUGAGUCUGUGGAGUGGAGAGUCAGAUCUAGGCCUUCCUAAUUCUUUCUCUUUUUUUCUUUAUUCUUUAAAAAAAAAAAAAAUGAUUUAGCUAUGAAAUUUAAUUCUCUUUAUCCAUUGUGAUAUUUUAUCUGCCAUUCAAUAUUGUGGUAUCCUUGUGUUGCACAUAUUGCUGCUCAUUCUCUAAAUCAGUAGCUCUUUUUCAUCCUGCUAUCCUGUUCUUAGCCUUAUCCCACUCUCCUUUUAUAUCCUGCAGUGGAUAGCUGUAAAGGACAUGUUGUGAGAAAAAUAUCAACUAUCUUGGUUUUUCUUAAUUUUAGUAAUAUUCUGCCAUGUCUCUUGAUGUUCAAUGGACACCAGAGAGAUUGAAAUUUUUGUUCCAUGUCCAAAAAUAAGUUUAUGAAGGAAGACUGAUGAUAUCCAUUUUUAAAAGAGUUUUCAUCUCUUUUACUCCACAUUUUGUUAGCAUUUAUUGUUAAUACGCUACAUUUCAUAAGUGAAGCUUGCCAUUUUUUCUAAAGCAUCUAUCUGAUGCUCAAAAAUUACCUCAGAGUUGGUUUUAAACCCAAUUUUAACUUUGAAAGCACAUAUUUUGACUUGGUAUUUUUAUUGAACUGUGGACCAUCUUCCAGUUUUGCUCGUAUGCUCAAGUAUUAGCAAAAUAUAAUCCAUCUAGAUUUUUAAAAACAAAUGACCUUACUAACCUUGUACCCUUAUAUACUCUGUAGCAAUCUCUUUCUUUAUGAUAUUGUGUCUGAAUCUUGAUGUAUGUUAACCCCACUUAGCAGCCUUUUGCUCAAGUUUAUGUGUUCCUUCAUGGUAUUUUAAGUUUUCAUGAAUCUUGAAAAUUAUGCAUUGGUUAUAGAAUGCAGUAUAAUUACUUUGUACUUAAACUAGUGUGGUACAUUCUUCAGAAACUUCAUAUUUUAGAUCAGCCCUUCAAAAGCUCAUGAACUAAAUGAGUUUCAUGUUCCUUGAUUUGGUAAAGACUUAUCCUUUGCUCACACAAUUUUCCUUAGCUAAACUUGCUUUUUUAAAAAACACAUUAGGGUUGGUUUGGCCCUAUUUUCCUAUACUGAACGCACACGGCAUUUUGAAGACAUUUGAUAUAAAGGUAAUUUUAUUUCUACUUUUUAAAUAUUUCUUUUUAUUAUUAUUAAUACUACUUAAAGUGUGAGUGUGGCUAAGUACGAUCUGCUUUAAACACUGCAUGAAAGAUACACCAAAGCUAAUUUACCUAACCAACAUCACUUAGAUAAAUUAUUGUUACUGGAGUUACCUGAUCUCCUUUGCUGUAAAACAAAACAAAAACUUUGUGUUGUGAUUUUAGGUGCCCAUUAUGGUGAAUUUAUAGCUAGGCAUCCAUGUUUAUUUUGCGACUGAAAUUGCCUUUAUUGCCCACCCUUCUCAUAGUUGAAAAUGAAAUUUGAGUGGAUGUUUAAUGUCUAUUUGUAAUAGUUUUAAGUCUAAUAGUUAAAAUAUGGGGGGACUUUCUUUCUCCAACGAAAGAAAGUUAUUUUAAUUUUUUCAUGAAAUGUUCUGGAAAUAAGACAUGCCCUGUAUUUACCCUCUUUUAAAUUAUGAAUUUGGCCCAUUCCAGGGUUUCCAAAAUUGACCUGACAGGCUUCAUUCUUGUAAUUCUCUUUUUUUUUAAAUGUAUGUUACCUAUCUUAUACAGGUAUUCAAAGUUUUUAAUGUUUUUACCAUGUUAAGUGUUUGUCUGGGUUUAAUGCCCCCCCCCCCCUGCUUUUUUUUUAUUUUACAGUAACAUACCACUGUGAUUUCUGUUCAUUUCAGAGAUUUUGCAUUUUUUGGUGUGGAAUCUUCCUGCUCUAUCUUUUAGCAGCUAGUCGUUUCAUUGAUAUAAUGGAGUUGUAUAUCUAUAUAUACUUUUAUGUGAUACUUUACUAGAUAUGCGUACAAAUAUGUCACAAUAUGGCAAUUGUGUCUAUGUAGUGUGAAAGAUGUACUAUUUUAUUCUUUCUGGAUGUUGAAUUUACUUCUCAUGUCAAGAAUUUUAAGUUACAUGUGACUGAAAAUUUAUAUCAACAGUACUCAAACUGAGAAUAUCGAGUAAGUGGUAAGAUAUUUCUGUACUAAUAAAGAAUUACAGAGUUUUGAA